CUGUAAAACAAUCUUGGAUUAUAUAAGACAAUCUUCUUCACCUAAAAAAAGUGGACCAUAAUUGUUUGUUAAAGCUGCAAAUUACAUAUAACUUUUAGAGCUAGACAGGGAACAUCUGGAGAGCAAGCCCUCCUCAGAGAGGCUUAAAAUCAAACAGCUGGAGAGAGUGAGUAGUCAGAAUUUGCUCUGUGCUGAAGUGGAAGAUGAAUUCUGAUCUUGUUCUUCGUUCUCUGGCCCAACUAUUGCUGCUGGCUAAUAUUAUUCAUACUCAGCCCCACUACUUCCAUGGAGAAGAGUGGAUCAAUGCGUGGCGCCAAGGCUUUAACUUUCAGUGCCCUCAUGGCGAGGCGCUGGUGGCCAUCAAGAGUUACUUCAGUGAGGAAGAGGGCUCGGACCGUCUGUGGAGCUUUGAAUGUCAGCCGACUCCCACCACCCUUGGAGAACCCAGCGCGUGCUGGUGGGACGAUCUGAAUCUUGCUGGCAUGGAGUGGACCUCCACAUGCAGUGACAAUGGUAUAGUGGCUGGAGUGCAGAGUCAGUACUUUCCUUCUACUCUGGACAGAGAGUGGCGCUUCUACUGCUGCCGCUAUGGUAAAAAAUGUCCUUAUUCCUGCUGGAAGACCACUGACAUUCCAGAGUACCACAAAGAAGAGGCUGAAAUGGUCGUCCCUGCUUAUGGCUACUUCAUCCGUGGAGCUCAGACCACCUUUAGUGGGGUGCUCAGGGAUCGCCAGUGGAAGUACAUCCUGUGCAGGAUGACAGAAUUUGAUUGUGAAUUUCAGAACUUAUAAGUGUUGAUGUUUAAGUCUGGAAGCCCCAAUUACCAAAAAGUCCACAUAAAUAUCCAAGGACUUUUGUGAAAUGUAUUUAGAAAAUGCAAUUAUACAAUUGCAUAUUCAAUACAAGUAAAAUGAAUUUUAUAACCGAGGAAUUUAUGUUUUUUUAUGUGAUUUUUUUUAGAUUUCAUGUAAUCUUGCAUGAUUUGAAGUGUAAAGCAUUAUUCCAAGUGCCAGAUCAAAGCACUGAUAAUGUCAUGCAUUUUAUUUGUCUACAUCACAUGUUUUGACAAAAGAAAGUUAUUACAGUGUAUGUUAUUUUUUAUUAGAUGUCUAAAACAGCUAUGUAACAACCAAUAAAGCAUUUUUUUCCCUGA